CAGAAUAUUCAACUCGUUGGGAAAUCACUUGUAAAGAGUCGUUUGGUUUGUGUGGUUUCGUAAGAGCUCUUUUCCCCUUAUCUUUUUGGGAAAAGCUGUGUAUCAAAAACCGCGCACGGACGAUUAGGUAACCAUUAAUACAAGUGUGCCUAGGCGUAUUCACAAAAGCUUAUAUAUCUAAACUCACUUUUAAUUGAACAUGAAACGGGAAGAGAAAGCGAAGCUCUCCAAACGCGAACAGUUCGCACAACUGCGAUCUGAUUUCACUACAUUUCUCUACAAUAAAGAAGGAGAUGAACCGGCAGUGGUUAUGGGUCGUACUGCCUUGAGUUGGGGUAAGUUCAGUUCUUUUGAAAUAUUCAGAAUAAUUAUACAUCCUCGUUGCAGACUACGAAAAUAUGCAACACCCCGUGCCACAACGCAGUUUAACUUUUUUAAUCACUCAUGUGCUUGGCACAUUCUUUACGCUAAAAAUAUACAAGCUUGGGCUCGAGCGUGGGGGUUCAGGUUGGGCUACGGAGUAUAUACUCGUGAUUCUGAAAAAUAUAUUUUUAAAAACUUCGUCGCUUUGAUUUGAGCAAAGUCCUUCAUCUGCACGUGAAGUGACUACCUCCUGGCGAGGCCAGGCUUAUGCUUCAAAGUUCGAAAUGUAUUUUUUAAUAUUUUUCAGCAGGAAAACCUCAACAUUCACUCUUUGUAUAAUUUCGCAUUCUUGCACGUAUAGUACAGUGCAUGAUAUCUCAUAUGUGCCUAGUAUAAUACAGUGCAUGAUAUUCCAUAUGUGCCUAUACCAUUCAGCUUCAUGUUAUAUUUCAUUGCGCUCAAGUUUGUUACUUACUGAGGGGCAAGUUGCUCUAACUACAAAAGUCCCAAAAAGUCCAAUAAUAAAAUGUACUGACUUUUCAAAGUCCAAAACUCUCGUACACUUUCGAGGAGUGGUUUACCCUCCGUUUGUUACAGUCUAGUUGCCUUUAUGUUGAAUAUUGAUAUUCCAACCCUUUGACCGGUUUCUUUCAUUGUUCUUAAAGCUGGCUGAAAACAAAACACAAAAGGUUUUCACAGAAUCUUGUACAGCGCAAAAGAACCAACCGGCACUACAUUAAUUUAGGUAGUUACAGACUUACAGUUAGUCCCAGAGUAAAGGUAGAUUUCUUUGUGUUUUGCUCACUGUAGUUACAAUGAAUAUAGUUGAUUUUGAUUUCACUAAAGACCAAUAGUACUGAACGAUAAAUGCUAAAAUUUGCGUUGAACAGACUAUUUGCUUAUUUUCAAGUUUUAUUUUUCAGAUUUCUCAUUCUACGUAGUUCGUACGGUAUUUUCCAAAGUAAAUCAAAAUUUGCAUAUAUACCUAAAUUGCUGGAUUGCGUAAUUAUUUCCUAUUAGCAGGGCGCAUUGCAUUUUGGGGGUUAGCGUGCUUCCUUCCUUCUUCAUCACACAACAAAGCUGACAUAUUUUUAAUACAUGCCGUUGUAAAUUUUUAUUUUAAAACUUUGCUUCGAAUAAACUAAAAAUGGAGGAAAAAGAGCACCCAACGCGUACAGAACAACUAACAAUAAUGUAUACAAGUUUCCGAAUUUUCUUAUACAAUGAAGAAAAAGGAGAAGUUAUGGGCAGAACUGCUGAAAGCUGGGGUAUGUGGUGAAAUGCAGCUGUUGUGUGGGGGGAAAUUCAUAGCCUUUGUGGUUUUAUACUUAAACUGUUUGUGAAAGUAAUUUGGUUGAGAAUCUUUUACUUGCUUUCUUUUAUAGGUAAAAUUGGUUUAUUUUUCCUGGUAUAUUAUGCUUGCCUAGCAGCAUUUUUUGCAGCUAUUUUUGCGAUUGCUUUCUCAACUAUGCCAGAAAUAGAGGAUGGGCCUAAGUAUACUUCAUUUAUUUCGGAUAAACCAUGUAAGUUAAUGUAGUUUUGUAUCUUAAUUCAAAUAUAAAUUUUGUUAUAUCACUUAAAAUUUGGUCAAGUUAAACAUGUGAGAAGAGAAGAAGUUGCCCCUGGUGUGAAUGAUUCAUGUUUUGUCUGUUCUUGAAUUUAUACAAUUAUUCAUGUUUCUCUGUUCUUGAAUUACAACUAUUUAGCUAUUUCCUUACCUCACAAGAAUUAUUAAAACACUUCUUCGUGUAUUACAGUAAAAAAAGCAUUUAUACAGUAUUUGGUAUAUUUCAAACAAAUUAUAUAACUGUACUGUAUAUAUUAUAAAUAUGGAGCAAUUUUUCACAUCCAGUUAUUUUCUUUAUUUAUUUUAUUUAAGAAUAUUUACAGAGGAUAAGCAUUUCAGUAAUACUACUGUUAUCAACAUGAUCAUGCGUCCUCUUUUAAUAUACUAACAAUCUAAAAAUCCUUAGUUUGGGGCAUUAAUAGUAUAACCUGUUUCUUUCAAAGUUAAUAUAUUUUUAACAAAUAUUUAUGUCUCAUACCGGAACCAGUUUUUUAAGUUCCGGCCGGAACCGCAUCCGACCGGAACUGGAGAAAAGUUCCAGCUAAUUUAUUAAGCCAUAUAUAGUCAUAUGUUACUCUGUCCGCUGCCAGACAGGCAGACACGUCAAGUCAUCAAGGAGAGAGCUCGCAAAGCGUUAAACAUCAUAAUGAAGUGUUAAUAGUGUACAUUUCCCUUGCGUAGUCCAAAUUUCUUCCUACUGUGACCUCGUGUUAGACACAAAAACGUUUGAUAUUCUAUCUCUCUGAAAAUGACAGAGUUUGGUUCCGGCCAUGCUCUUUUUACUAGUUCCGGCCGGAACUAUAAAAAAUCGGGGUUCCGGCCGGAACUAACCAGCUGGAACCGAGUUCUGGUGCACCCCUAAAAAAAUUCCAAAAAAUGGAAACUCUAGAGGAUCCACCCUACCUGAGUGUUUGCAACAAGAAAUAGGAACCCUAGGGCUGGUUGUUCAAAGCUGGAUUAGUGCUACUAGUGUUUUAGUUUAUGUAUACUUCUGCACAUUUGUUUCCGCAAAACUUCACAGAAGAAAACUACCGAUCCAGACAAAAUUUUGGAAGAAAUAGUUCCAAAUAUACAAACAACUAAAACAAGCUGUCUUGGAGUUUGCUUUCCAUGUUAAGUUAGGCUGGAUCGAUAUCGCAAAUACCGAUAUACCGCCAUCAGAAUACCGGUAAAUACCGGUAUUCCGGUAUUUUUAACGUGUUUUUUUUUAAGCCAAACUGAAGUGCUGACCGUCAAGAAAAAUCAAGUUUUGACAAAAUAUUAAUGUGGCACAUACUGUUAUUAGUGCAAAUGUCAUAAGAUUCGCAUUCUCAAGCUAUGUUAACAAUUAACAGCGCUAAGCGGCAAUUAUUAGUAGGCCGUCGAUUGGGCGUCGAAGUGUUGAAUCAUUCAGAAAAAUAUUCGUUUUGUAUAUAAAUUCAGAUAGUGUUUCAGUAAGUUGCUAAUAGUUAUAAACAUAAAAAACGUUGCAUUUUUAAAACUAACACAUAAACAAGUUAGCAAGCAUGUAAAAAAACUAGAAAAGCCAGAAAAGGUUUUCGCUUCUUCGCAAAUGCUAGUACUUCCACCUUCCAAAAUCAAAGUAUUCUUUUUUGUCGAAAUUUUCCUUUAAAAAUUUCGCCAUUUUUAUAUUUCCGAUUAAGUCGAUUUAAUAAACAAGACGUCUGGUAUUGCUAAACCAAAGCCGCUAGAACUGUAAGAACAAAAUCAUGCAUCUGUGAGUAUUAACUUUGCUUUCUAAACGUGAUUGUAAGCAAGUUUGACUUGAAAGAGCGUUUCAUUUCGGUAUUAGGCAGCAAAAUACCGAAAUGUCGGUAUAUCGGUAUUUUUAAAUGGUCAAUAUCGCCAAACCGGUAUCUAAACAAAUACCGGUAUAUCGGAUAUAUCCGGUAUAUCGAUCCAGCCUAUGUUAAGUUAACCUAGAUUUAAGUUAAUCAGCUUUUGAACAACAGGCCCAGGUAUUUAUAUUUUUUGCCUAAUCAUUCCUGUAGAUUUUAUUUUUAUGGAGGUAACCAAUCAUUGAAUAGAGCUAGUCUAUGCCAGUGCUGCCAGUACCAGUAACUGAAACUCCAGGCUUGCAUAGCUACUGUAGCUUAUUAUUUUUGGAGUUGGGUUACACUGGCUGUGAAGUGCUAGUAAAAUGCUUAGACUUUAAGUCCCCUUUGGGUGGGUGAGCAUGUCACUUGUCUGAAUUUCAAAAGCAGUAAUAAAAAUAUGGUUUUAAUAAGGCAAUUCCUCAUUCCGUGGCUCUUCAUCCAUCAUCAACUGAAUUUGUUGCCGUCUUGCUUAUGAUUGUUUUCUACCUUUUGACAAAAAACGAAAACCAAUACCGGAAAAAAUUACUGAUAAUACCGAUAUGUUGAUAUUUUUCACAAUUGUAUUUUGCUUCAUUUUAUGCAAAAUUUUCUUCAUUUUAUGCAAAAUUUUCUGUUUUCAAAUGAUGUCAAAUAGCCACGAUAUAACAAGAGAAAUGUCCGCUUUCGGAAUUGAAAAUGCAUAUAUUUGCAUCGAUUUCAUUAUCCACACUCAGAAUGAAUCAUGAGUUAUAUUUUUGACCAGGAAAUUUGUUUCAAAACAUGUUAUUCAACUGCCAAUUUGAAACAAAGAUUGUCCUAUGUCACCAGAUAAAUAAUAUCCAGUGAGUGAGGUUAGUUUUUGUUUUUUAAAACAUUUGUAAUCCAGCAUUGUUCACAUUCUAAAACUUUUUGACAAGCUAAUGACAUGUUACAAUUGUUAACCUUGCAACGUCAAUGACAGUGUAAACAAACACACUUUAGCUCUUGUCUUUGUCCUUCUGAAAUAACUCCAAUCAGAGCUUGAAAAAGUUUGAUAUGACAUUUACAGUCAAACUGGAUGUUCUCUUGCGAGCAACAUUGCAAUAUUGUCCCAGAAUAUUGCAAUUUUGAUAGGCAGAUUGCUCCGAGCAAUUUUCAACCGACGCAAACAAUUGCAAUUCACAAAAGAUUUGUAAACAAAGCCUCUGAUUGGACUAUAAGAAAGGGGGAAGCACCAAUCCAGUGGCUCAGACUAUCUUAUACUCCAGUCAGAAAUUUGUUUACAAACCUUUUGUGAAUUUCCAACUUGCAAUUUGUUCCCGUUGGUUGCAAUUUGCUCAGAGCAAUCUGCCUAUCAAAAUUGCAAUAUUGUGGUACAAUAUUGCAAUGUUGCCUGCGAGAGAACAUCCGGUUUGACUGUAAAUAUACAAAAUAUUGAUCUUCCAAUAUAUUGAAUAUUUCAAUAUCAAAUAAUCAGUAUUUAUAAAAAAAUGAUAAUUAUCAGUAUAUUGAUAUCAGCAAUAGGCGUAAAAAAAAAUACCUGUGGUUCCGGUUCCCGACCGACCCUAUUUUUUUCUGCCAACCCUAUUAUUUUUUUCAACACGAUUGACCAUGCGACCCUAUUUUCUCCAGGUGGUUGCGGGCUGCUAAUACAACAUGCCAAAAUGGCAUCUGUUGUCACACUAAUUAUUGCACCAAAUUGCCUAAAUUCGUCCAUAGGAACUAUGCAUCUCUAGUUAAUAUUGAUGUCAGGACUCUACUGCGAAUCGCCCAGUAAAAAAACGGCAAAACCAUGAAAAAAAUAUUUAAAAAAAAACUUAUUUCCGACCUACCGACCCUACUUUUUUUAUGAUAUGAAACCAGAACCACAGGUUUUUUUUUAUGCCAUAGCCUAUCAGCAAUUCCACCUGUCUUCAUGUCACAUUUUAUGGCAAGUAACAGCGGAUUUAUUAUUAAAAUAUGCUUUCAAUUGUGCUCUGUUACAUAAUGCUUCCUGGUUGAGUGUUUCCUAUAUUAUAGUCGUGUUUUGUAAAAUAGAGCUUGGUAGGUGCCGAGUGUACUGAAUGUACAUGUAUUCACAACUAUUAUAUUUCAUUUCAGUGCUACUGGUUUAUCCAGAAAAUGGAAUUGGCUCUUGGAAAAGAGAAGAUAUUGACAGGAGCAUUAAAACAAAGUAUGAAAACUUCUUGGAUGGUAGGUAUAAUUUUACUCCAUUAUUUAUUGUAAAGAAAAACUGCAGUUCAGGGCACAAAAUAAUGGUCGAUCAGUGAUCAAUGAUCGGCAGAGAAGCUUCUGAGAGCCACUAUGCAGGCUACAGAGAAGCAAGUAGGAAUGAGCCGAUUAAUCUGUAAUUUUUUUUCUGCGUUGGUGUUGCGUACUCGGGUG